UGCAGGGUUGAUCUACGAUCAUGCAUUUUAGGACAACUUGAUGGCUUGGCUUCAGUUCAGCCAUGUUUCUGCGUGGCCAUAUCCAUGGCAGGCUCUUCGCCCGGCCGAUGGCCACGGCGGCCACGGCCGUUCCGACCGUGGCAGCGGCGGCCGUGGCAGCGGUGCUGUGCAGAGGUACAAGAGGCGCAAGGCAGUUCCUCUUGCUCCAGCGCCAAGCUGAUCUUGAGCCUCCGCGACUACCAUUGGGUCUACCACUCGUGAGGCUGCAAGUUGGAGAACCUGUGCAGGUUGCUGCAGCCAGGGCAUUGGAGGAAGAGUGUGGUAUUGGGGCCUCGUUGCUUCGCUGGCACCCAGUGCCCAUCACCGCUUCGACCUCUGCGUGGUCCUCCCAUGAGCUCAGCUUCCUGAUCGCUCAUUGUUUCGCCUGGUAUCGCCCACCGAAGGAGGAGCAUUUCCCGAAUCCCUUUGAGCUGAACUUCAGGUGGCUGAGUUAUGGAGAGCUUCGUGCCCUGGUGCAAGCAGAGGAACUGGGGCUCAACUUCUCUCGUGAGGUCGUGGUGCCACUGCGUGUGGCAGAGAAGCUGGCGGAUGCCGACAUGCUCUACGAACCCGACGCCUAGGAUGACAUGGUGCUGCUUCGAUAGCCUGCCUCAACGCCGGGGUUUUGCGGCCAGCGAUGGCGGAUGCCGGCGGAACCCUGUGGUGGAAGUAGAAGUUGAAGGUGCUUCGACGUGAAAUCAGGUAAACUGGUUUUCCCAGUGGACGCCGCAGAGCAAAGCGAGUG